GCAUCAUUACUCCAUCAACACCUCGCAGAGACAGUGGAGAGCCGUGAGCACCUGUGUGCGAGUUCACGAGCGACUUCUGCGCCAGAGUUGCAGCAUGUUUCCCGCUCGGCAUCCUCUUCACGUGGCUUUCGCUUAAUGCGCUGAACAUUUCUGGAGGACAUUUCUUUUCUAGCUCAUGUGAGAUCUCAGCUGUCUUUUGGAAUGAUGGGGACCUUACAUGACAGUAUUGGAUUUGUGCUCUUUUCCUGUUUGUCCAUUCAAGUUGGAUUUUCUCUUGAUGGAAAGUUUACCGAUUUCCCUACUAACAUCACCGCAAGGGAAGGACAGAACAUUGAAAUGGCAUGUGCCUUUCAAAGUGGGAUGUCCUCGGUUUACCUAGAGAUCCAGUGGUGGUUUAUUCGAGCUCCGGAGGAACUGAUUACAAGCGAGGAGGACGAGGACGAUACAGAGAUGGAGCUGAUCCCAGAUCCAGAUCCUGAUGAAGAGGGGACCAAAAUAAGUACAGUCAAGGUCCAAGGCAAUGACAUCUCCCACAAGCUGCAGAUCUCUCGGGUGAGCAAGAACGACGAGGGUCUGUACGAAUGUCGCGUCACAGAUGCCAACUACGGAGAGCUGAAGGAGUACAAAGCUCAAGCCUACCUGAAAGUCAACGCCACCAUGCGCCCUCGCAACAGGGCCAUUAAGAAGAGCUCGCCACUGCACCUGACCGAUAAGAAACCGCGCAAGAGCGGCUCGGCUCUCGGCCAGGACAGCAACGGCAUGAGCUCAGACCAGAGGUCCCAGUCCACUUCUACCUCGCAGACGUCACACUCCAAAACAGUGGAGCACAGCACAGGGUCAGGUAUAAGGAUAUCCACGAGUAAUGGACUUGCUAUUCUCCUCCUCACGUCCGGCCUCAUGAGGGGAGCGUGGCUAUAGUUUCAAGACAGUGACUCUUUUUCCCAGAAUCACUCUUAUUUCAGAGCCUAGAGAAAAUUGCCUGCUAUUUGGACGGAGCGGACAGCACACUCGUCCCUCAACACUGCACCCAAUGUAGUCUAACGAUCAUCACCAGAAGCACCUUCCUUUCUAAAGCCUAGGAGAAGGAAACUGCCAUAGUGGACACGUGCUUCACGCUCCAAAUCAAACUUCAGACAGAACAAACGGACACGGACUCUUAUGGGAUCUUGCACCCCAUAUAUAUAUAUUUUUGGUUGCUUUUUUGUUUACCUUUGAUCUCCAGCUGUGAAUUUAAUACAUGCUCUGAAGAGUCUAUAUUUGUGUAACAUAUGAAUAUAUGAACAGAUAUACAGUAUAUAUAUAUAUAUAUAGUAUUUGAUUUUAAAUUCCCUCCGCUCUGUACAGCUGCCAUUCGCUCGUUGCAUAUUCAUAUGCAAAAACAGCCUUGAAAAGAACAGCACCACUGCUUAGUACAUAGUGUCUGGAUCGCUAACUGAGCUCAGCUUGACUAUGUGAUAAAUCACAGUGAUUUGCAUUACAGCUUUAUUUUUUGGCAUAAUAAAUGCGAGUAUGUUCUUUUGCCACUCCGUCCUGUCGGUAACGCCGUACACUCACGUUGCGUGAGAGUCACGUUAAGUUAGCAUGUAGCAUGCGAGCAUAGCAGUCCAUGGCUGGAAUCCAAUCUCACAAACAAUAACGCCAUUUCAGAGCAUCGUUUCAGUGUAGUUGAAAAGAUAUUGUUUGUUUGGCUCUUAUUUAGUUUUUGAGAGAGUGGAGGGUCAGACGAAUUGAUCGAUAAAAAUGUCCUGAGCUUUCAACCUUCACGCCACUAAAGGUGUUACAUGACCUUCAGCGCUAUUGAAUGCUGUGAUUGUGUCCUCCUAAACAUCUGAAGUAUGAUUCACCUUUGUUAAAGUGCUGAAGAUGAUUGCUUUUCACCUCUUGAAGCCACUGUCAUUUCCGCCGUGUGUUUACCAUCUUCAAAAUCACGUUGCAUCAUGGAUUUCCACUAAGGCUGACAAAAUCAAUAGUCGUUGACAAUUGUUUUUCUCUCAUCUUUUUUUUUCUCAAUUAAAAAUGGAAUGGCUUAGUACUUUCUGACUAAAAGAGAAUAUAUAUUUGCGUUUGUCCUUGCUGAUUGCAAGCAGCACGAAUCAUUCAAGAGGGUAACAUUUUCCCUAAAGCAAAUCGGCAUUGCAAGUUUAGCUUAUUCGUAUGCAGAAGGCACUUAGUCCUAACCUAAAAUGACCCUAAUCAUUUAACAUCACAAGUGACUGAACACAAUAUGGCACUAAAACUUUCUCUGCUGAGAACUGAAUGAAGAAGGGACUGACUGACAGAUCUUAUUUUGUUUAAUCAGAGUCAGAUUGAACAUUUUGAGAUUAAUAACUGAGAUGGAGGUUGAAAAAAAAAACAUCAGAAUUACAUAUUCCCCCAUGAUGCCCUUAUCACCGUAUUUUAAAAGCGACGGUAGUGGUUGAAAAUAAGAUGGUGACAUUUAACCAACACUGUGUUAUCAACAAGAACAAGACGUCCCUUAAGGAAUGUUGAGGUUUUGAAAGGAAUCUGAAGCUGCGGUUGAUGGAAUUCAUUCUGUUUGACAUUCUGCUCUUGUAUUGAUGUCUUGAGGUGUUUUUAAAUCAUUUAACCAAAGACUGCUGAGAUGGCCACAUUGCAGUACUGUUUACAAAACACACAAGAGCCCCAUGUAUUAUGCCAAAUCUACGCUCGCUUUCUGAAAACUCAUUUUCUCACCUAUGGUGAAGUUGUGUGUAGUGUUUGUUCCUCAAUUUUGGCUUUCAAGGCAGCUGUACUGGGAUUACACUUGGAUUAAAACAUAAGAGUCUCUCAACAACAAACACGAAACCAACAUCAAUUGCUGUUAAAAUGCUGUCACGUACAGGAAACGUUCAUGUAGUGAUUGUUAUCCUGCAACAGCAAAAUGUUGCUUUUCACUCAAAAUUUCUGUUAUAUACACAAUAUGGUUAAUUAUGCUGUAUUUAUGUUAUAAAUAUAUUCGUUUACACAUGCUUGGCAUGUCGCAAUUGGUCUCAAGACACACGACAGCCAGUUGCAUUUGAAAUUUGAUACCUGAGGCAAAAACUUUUGAAUGUUAUAAUGAGAAAGUUUUAAAAUGGGUUCAGAUUAUUUGAAAAAUAGAACAGGCUACUUUUAUUAUACAUUCAAUGCAGUUUUGUCAUUUGAGCCGCAGCUUAGGGGAAAAAAUGGAAAUUGAAAAGGAAGAAAAAACUAAAUCAGAAGAAAAAAACGAAAAGAUGAAGAAAACGAUCAAGUAAUGGGUAAAUGAUGACAAAAUGUUACAAUGUGUCACAAUUGUUACGUUAUGUUGUUGCAGGAAAAAAAGCUGUUACAUUGAUGCUUCCUUAUGGAAGUUUCUGGGCUGGAUGCGGUAAUGUAAACUGUAGUUUAUUUGUACUUGGAUGGCUUUAGCGAUGCUGAUCCCUAAGCGAGGCCUUGAAACAAAAAAUAUGCUAUGGUAUUUCUUUGAAUAAUGAGGCGGGUCAUGCAAUAGAAGGUUGUUCAGCAAGAUUCUUGCCAAAUUGUACUCUUUAUAAUUGGAAAACUAAUCAUAAAACCAGCUGGAAGCUCUAAAUUCUCUGUAGAUUUAUGGGCAUAUGUGACUUUCAGAGCAGCUGCUAUCUGAGAGUCCGUCGAUGGGAAUGUACGGCGUAGGUUUGUUGAUUUGAGUAGGCUGAUCUACAUUAAACUUUGUUUUUAAGACGGCACUUUAAAUAGGGCACACGAUGCGUUUUAACAGUAUGACGUGGGUUGUCAUACUUCAAAAACUCAUCAAAUGUUUAUGUAGAACGGGAUUCAGAUGAAUAUAUUUGAUGCCUUGUACAGCCUGUGUAAAAGUCACUGUAAACUAAAACAAUCCGCAUGGUUUCUUUCCAUUUCUUAUUUGUUUCCUUUUUUACACAGAAAGGAAAAUUGUAUAUGUGUAUGGAUUUACAAUCACAAUGAAUCGAAAGGACACAAAUGUUUUACGUGUUUACGUGUUGCCAUCUGUUUGGAGAUCUCUAUGGGAAAGACUUUCCGUCCUUUGGGAAGCGGUUUUGGCCAAACCUCUGGAGAUAUUGGCUCUGUUUCGGAAAUCUGAACAGCAGCAGCCGAAUCUAACAGAACAGAGAUUAUGUUUGACGAAACAGAGACUCUUUGUGUUUCCAAAACAAUAAGCGAAGAUGGAGCCGCUUCUUGGAUCUCUGGAUAUGGUUUUGGAUGCGUACGUGUUGAUUUCUGCAUGCGACGAAUCCAUUGUACAAGCAUACGGAGAUCAAUCCUUCCACUCCCAGGAUCUGUAUUUCCGAAAGUCGUCAUGCAGGUUAAGAUCUUCAAAUGCGUCAUCACUGGCAACACAUGGAAUCGUGUGUGUGUAUAUAUAUAUGGAUCACCUCUUUGCCAUCUUGUUGGAGUCUUAAUUAAAUGUUUACCGGACUCUUUCAAAUACAUGACUACAUGAUUAAAAUGUAAAGCUGUCAUGGCUGAGCAAAGCUGAAGUUUGUAAUAUAAGAAAAAAAUGAGCCAAAUUUUAAUAAACUAUCUUCACGGGCUGUCUAGAGACAGAUUUUUUUAUGAGACGUGCAGCGUGAUUUACAAUAUGCGGUGCAUCGAUUUUCCGGAGCGUUUUUUUUUCUUUUUAUGAAAGGAGACGCUUGUGUAUCGUCUGCAGAUGUGCUUUAAAGGACCUGACGUUUAAAGAACAUCCAGCUUAAUAUGAAUUUGAUCAGAUAAUAGAUGAUUGACUGAGUAUGAGAGGAAAGAUACGACACGUCGCUGUAUUAAAUGCUCAAAGGCAUUUCCACACCGUGAAAUAUGAAAUAAUUACAUUUCUUUGAAGCACCAUCUUCAUUCUUAUUCAUUCACCUCAAAAAACAAACACAAAAUGCUGAAAAGAAAAUAGACUGGAAUGCAAGUCAAUACGUCUCUCGCUAUUUUGAAAAAAGUUUAAAUUAGACUCACAUUUGUGGCUUGUUUGGAUGCCUCUAUAAAGCGGUCCUGAAAAUUCAGCUCAACGUUUUUAUAUUAGACCCGUUUUAUCAGGUAUCCAAUGCGAAGCUGCUUGAAGAAAGUACACUAAAGGCCCUGCCCGAAAUGUAUUUGAGUCUUACAUAAAUCCUGAGAGCUUAUGACAGGUGGUAAACAGAGACGUGACCUGAAAUUCCAUCGAAUAAUCCAAAUACUAUAUUAAAAUAUUAACUGUAUAUUAAAACACUGUAAAGUAUGGCUUCAGAAAAUUUCAAUCAUGCACAAACAGAUUGGACUAUAGGGUCUAAAACAAAAUUUGAUUCUGAUAAUGUCUCUUCUUAGUGAAAGAAAUACAUAAAUGAAAAAGAAUGGCAAAAUAUUAAUUAUCAUUGAUGUAUAUUUACUAUAAUCCACUGAGAUUCAAAGGGGGUUAAAUGGCUUCAGAUAGGUAGCAACAUCAUUAUAUUAUUUUUACACAGAGAUUGGUAGCUCUAUUAGUAAAGUCUUUUGCAUUAUAUGCCAAUGGUGACAGUUCAAAAGCGGGAAAAAGCACUUUAUUUAUUUAUUUUCCAAAGUUUGCAUGGUUGUAACUCAAAAAAUAUUAAAGAUAUCUUUACAUCCUUUUAGAUUUUGGCUCUUAACAAACAUUUAUUUCGGUAUGUCCAUUUUUAAGGC